AUGCAACACAAUGUAAACCAAAUAACCCCUCAAAGGUCGACCAGCAUUAGACAAAAACACCGGGGCUGCAAAUUCCCCACCGUGCAAAAUUCUCGCCACCCUCGCCAUCCUCCUCGGCCUCGGAGCCGCCCAAUUCACUUCCGAAUGCGACAAACCCAGCUCUUCAGCGCGCCGCGCUACGCCUACGACCGUUUCAUCGACGCCAUUCCCGACGGCGAGUGGGAAGACGAGGACGGCAUCGGCUUCGGUAGCAACAUGGACGGCAGCCUGGUCUGCGCCAGCACGAGCGGCUCCAUCACGGGCGAACGCGCGCGCGAAAUGCUCCGCCAGGGGCCGGUCAAUGACGGUCAGGUUGGGCCGGUGCCUGCUUACGCAGUACAAAUGUACAGGCUGCUGCUUCUGCUGCUCUAG